CACUGAACAGGCUUCUACCAAGAGACACAUACAACAGGUUAUUGCCACCCACCACUAUGAUGUGCUUGUUGAAAUUAACUGGAGUAUCCCUCAUCCUGUCCAUUCUUCUGUACAUCGCAGACUCUUAUCCAAACAGUGACAUGACAAACAUGGGCUGUGAGGAAUGCAAACUGAAGGAGAACAAAGUCUUCUCAAACCCGGGUGCCCCUGUCUACCAGUGUACAGGCUGCUGCUUCUCCAGAGCUUAUCCAACCCCACUAAGGUCCAAGAAAACCAUGGUGGUCCCAAAGAACAUCACCUCUGAAGCCACAUGCUGCGUUGCAAAAGAAGGGAAAAGGGUGGUGGUCGACAACAUCAAGCUGACGAACCACACAGAGUGUCACUGCAGCACUUGUUAUCACCAUAAGUCAUAAACUCUCUGUGAGGGCUGGAAAUCUCCUUGUCGCAGAAGUAAAAGCUUGGCAACAGAUACUAUAUAUUUUGCACAACUUAUUCCUGAAAUUCCUUGUGUUUUAAAAGCCCAGUGCAGUCAAACAUGUGAUUUUUCUGUGUUUUAUAUAUA